AUGAAAGUGGCUUGGCAACGGUUGAUUCGCUUUGUUGCGGCCGAUGGGCGCGUCCUGAGGGGCGAGCCCAUUCUCCCCUCCCCCAAUUUUGAUCUCGGCGACACAACAGAAAAGACAGGUCUCAAAGCUCGAGUGAUUGAAGGAGACGACAUCUACGAUUCAACCGGUACCACACGCGUCACUGAUGAGGUAGUAACUGUCAAGACUCUUCUCGGGCCUUUGGCAUCUACCGACGUCCCCAUUAUCCGAUGUGUUGGGCUGAACUAUGCGACUCAUACCCGUGAAGCUGGGCGCAAGGUUCCGCCAUUCCCAUCCAUCUUCUUCAAGCCAUCUACAACAAUAUCCGACCAUGGCACCAGCGUAGUUAUACCAAAGCUUGCUCAGGAUGACCAAGCAGACUACGAGGGAGAGCUGGUGGUGGUUAUCGGACAAAAUGCUAAAAAUGUGAAAGAGAGUGAAGCUCUUGAGUAUGUUGCUGCUUACACUGCAGGAAACGAUAUCUCGUCUCGCAAAUGGCAGAGAGACCCUAACCUCACUGGUGGCGUUCCGCAAUGGGGGUUCUCAAAGGGAUUUGAUACCUUCGCUCCGUUGGGUCCUGUUCUCGUCUCAAGCAGCUUGAUCCCCUCUCCGGAGAAGCUUCACCUCCAGACGACGAUAAACAAAGAACUGCGACAGGACACAGGACUCGAUGAUUUGGUCUUUUCCAUUUCCACUCUCAUUGCGCAUCUAUCCUCUGGCACAACCCUCCAGAAGGGCAGCAUCAUCAUGACAGGAACUCCCGGCGGCAAGUGUGCCCGCACUGCUUCCAUGAAUGAUAGGCGAUGCUAA